CAUACAUCCGGUUUCAGACGACGGAGGAUCUGCGAUUAAUGUUGAUAUUUUUGCGAGAUUUUCAAAAUGUAAGAUAUCCAGAAUCUAUCCAGUAUAUAUGGAGAAAUGGGCAGUCAUUUUGUCAUUCCUCACCGUCUCUAUAUUUAUGGCUAACACAGAAUCCAUGUAAUGCAAGAAUUGUUAAGUGCUCUCCAGAACCUGUGCCAAAAGUGGAAAAGCAUUAGUCUGAGGGAACAGAUGAAAACCAAAAACUUUUAUAUUAUGCUAGCCUUCUUGGCAGCAACAUCAAUGUCCUUAUGGUUGCUAAGUAAUCCCACUCCUAAUUUCAACACAAUUGUUGCACAAACCCAUAAACAGAUCAACAAUUUCAAGAAUAUCCCCAGCAACAUUCGAAGCUCAAGCCAAGAAAAUUUUCAUGUGGAUUUAAAAUUACUCGGAAAGCUAGGAUUUGAUGUUGACCCAACUGACCCAGAGAUGGUAAUGAAGUACAGUGAGGAAGAAUUGAAGAGGAUUAAAGCAACAAUUAACAGACCUGUCAUUGCUAUUCCAGCUCUUCCUAAAUCUUUUGAUAAAACGCUAAUUCUUGUCAAAUCAGCCAGCAAAUUUCUACCAGAUGUUCCUGUUGUCAUUUUUGAUCUUGGCAUAAGUUAUCAAAAACAUUUACAGUUGAGUAUUCAUUGCAACAAGACUUCAUCCUGUACAUUAAAAAUGUUUGAGUUUGAUGAAUAUCCAUCUCAUCUUCGAGAUCUCUCUGUUCCAAGCUACAGACCCAUUCUCAUACAGAAACUGUUGAAUGAUAAUGGCACUGUGAUAUGGGUUGAGCCUUCAGGUUACAGUUUUAUAUCUGGUGAUAUUAAACCUCUACUGAGGAGAGCACAGGAAACUGGAAUCAUCGCAUGGACAAGUAAAGAUCCUGUCUCAACCAUAACGUACGACAAAAUGUAUAAAUACUUCAAAGCUUCGGCAGAACAGUAUUAUUUCUUAGAGACAGCCUAUACUAACCAAUUGAUUCUGCACAACAGUGAAAAUCUGCACAAUAAAGUGAUGCUUCCUUGGGUGAAAUGUGCGCUGUCAUCUGACUGUAUAAACCCUGUAGGAGCCUCAAACACGGGGUGCACAGACAGGAAACCUUUAUAUCUGUACAGGGGCUGCCACAAAUAUGAUGUGGCUGCUUUAAAUAUAAUUCUCGGACAAGUUUUUGAUUAUGAUGAAUCAAGGUACAAAACAAAAGAAAAAUUGUUUGGAAUUCUAGAGGAGAAAAAGUCUACGAUACCAGGGAGUCCAAUGCAUGCCUGAGUUUGGAUGAGUAUUUAUUCAUUGCAAGAAAUGUCUUAUGUUUAUGGUUUGAAUGGGAUUGAUAUGGUGCAAUAGUUAUUGUUAGACUGUGAAAUAUGUUCAAAUACAUGAUUGUAUAUGAUAGCCAUAGCAAGUCUGCAUGCGAGGUCAAAAAGCAACUUUGCAAAUUUAUAUAUUCCAUUAUUUACCAGUACAUGUACUAUGUUUGACAACAAUUUUAUAGUAAAACAUAAAGAUGUUAAAAUUCUUAAAAACUUCUUGUAGAAAAAAAGGAAAUACCCGGUACUGUACUCCAUUCAUUAUGAGUACACGUAAAUGCUUAUAUUUUAUAUAAUAUAGAUAGUGUAGGUGUAGAAAAAAAUUUUGAUCAAAAAUUAAUUAACUACAGUUGUUCAUAUUUGUUGAAUACCAUUCUACUACCCCACAAGCUGAAAAAAUUAUGUUUCUCAUACUGUGUAUUAACAUUUUCAAUGAUUAGGGUUAUUUACUGCUAAAAUAAUUGUAAAUAAAAUUCUAUAUUUGUCAUACUUCAACAAGACGAUGUAUUCAGUGGUUCCCAGUUCAAACCUCUCUCCAAGUUUACAUACAGUAACCCAGAACCUUUGUUAAAAUUUGAUAGAAUCAGGUGUUGUAGAAAUAGUAUAUAUAUUUAUUGGUAAUGAAAACAUAUACCGUAUAUAUAUAUACACUAAAUGUACAUGAAAGGUUUAAAUUGAUGAUUGAAGUGUAGUGUAAUUUAGUGCUUAAAUUGCAUCUGUUGCAUCAAAAGUUUUACAGGUUGCAAAUUGAUUUUAUAUAAAUUAAUUCAUGAUGGUAAGAUUUGUUGAAUGAUAGCAGUAUACUUGUGAAUGUAAAUUUAAAUAAUUGUUGUUAUCUAGCGAUUUCACCUAAAAUUAAAAAUACAUGUUCUACAUACCAUGUAAAUAUUCAUGUAUACCAUUGCUUUUGAGUUUUAGUUGAAUUUGAAUUCACUAUAAUUAUAAUAUUCAUUACGUUGUACAUAUAAAUUAAUUUAAUCUUAGUUACAUAACAAUCUGAAAUGUAAAUCAGUCUGAUUAAAAAUCAGAUCCUUGAUCAUCUCCUUAUUUUUUUAUCGUUGCAAUGCAUAUAUUUAUACUACAGAGUAUAUGGAAAAUGCAUGAUAUAUGUAGACAUUUUAAGACGGCAUGUACCAAUUUUUUUAUUGUUUGUGAAGCAAAGAAUGAUUGUAUUUGAUUCAGAAGAUUUCUGAUAAAUUAAAGGUUGCUACAUUUGUAAAUAUGUUUGAACAGUCUGUGUUUCUCUAUUUCUUGAUUUCUAGCAGUAUAAUGCUAUCUAUGGCUCCUUGUGUAGUAAAGAAUUUUAAGGUGGUAUUGGACACCUUUAGAUAUCAAGGUGGUUGAGCAAAUAAUUAAAUUGUAAAUUUGUACAAUAAUGUGCAUUGAGAAAACUCCUUUUUUUUUUAUGUAAAAAAAAGUAAAACCCCCCAGCAGGUUUUAAACGUGUAACUACGAGAUCAGAAGUUAAAGCUUACAUGUAUAAGCUGUAAAAGUGUUUGAACUCAAAUUUUUAUAUCGUUUCUUAGGAAAGAGAGCACCGAGGUGUUCCAUAAAUCCCUAAAAUCCAUAAGAAAAUGAUGUAACUGAAAAGUGUACAGGCAUGGCCAUUUUAUGAGAAAAAGAAGACAUAUAAUUUUUUUGAGAGGAAAUGAAUGAAUGCAUGAUUUUUGUGUGGAUGUGAUAAGUUACACGUACAUGAAGUUUUUUCAGAAUUUACACACUUAGUUUUGAUAUCAUAGCAUCAGAGUAAAUAUGCAUUUUGUGAUUCACCGAUUUUGACCAAUAAAGAUUGAUUUUCAAUUAGAUUAAUGUAUAGUUUAAACAAUUCAAAUCUAAUGUGCAAUGAUCAAGCUACAUUUUAUGUAUUUUUGUUUGUCAGAAUACCUUGAUACUAGUCAGUUGUUACUUCAUCUUUUUUUUUGGGUUGGAAAAAUUGAAUUUCCUUUGAAUUAAGUAUGAUUAAAAAAUGUUCUAUUUGGUAUUUAAACUAUGGUACAUUGUAUUGGUCUAGUUAAUCUUAAUUCUAAAAAUCACAACCAAACAAACUUCAAGGUUUCAUAUUAAUAGAUGGUUUGUCAUUGAUUGAAUAUACUGCCUAUACACAAGACAGGUUCUUAAUAAAUUUGAUAGUUACUGUUUUUUGUUAAUAAAAAAUGGUUAAAAGGU